CAUGGGAGGGCGGAACGGGUAUCGACUUGUGGAGAAAAAAACCCGAUUAGCGAGAGACAGAAAAAUAAAAAUUAUUUAAAUUGGAGACAGUUUAAACCCAGAGGCCAGCGAUUCUCGAUCUGCCCCUCCUUACGAUUUAUCAGCCAGUGGACACGCAUUAGAGGGAGAUGCAGGUCGCUGAAGAGGCAUGUGCUCAGCUGGAGGAUGAGCUGCUCUUUUGUGAGGACUGCCGGCUGUACUUCCGAGAUUCCUGCCCGCAACAUGGCACGCCAACAUUUGUGUCUGACCGGCUGGUACCAGAGCGCAUGCCCUCACGGGCACUGUUGACCCUACCUGAGGGCCUUGCCAUCAAAGAGAGGCCACAGGGUGGGCUCGGUGUCUGGUGCACACUGCCUGCCAUCCCGCGUGGUUGUAUCUUUGGACCAUUUGAUGGGGACAUCUUGACGGAAAAGAAUGACUGUACUGUCUUUUCCUGGGCGCUGCAAGAAAAUGGAUCCUAUUACUACGUGGAUGCAUCUGAUGAGUCGAAGGCUAACUGGAUGAGGUAUGUGGCAUGUGCUUCAAGCGAAGAGGAACACAAUCUGACUGUCUUUCAGUACCGCAGUAAAAUUUACUACCGGGUGUGCCAGACAAUUACUGCUGGAGCCGAGCUGCUGGUGUGGAUUGGAGAGGAGUACGCUAGGACCCUGGGGCUAAAACUGGGUGAACACUUCAAGUAUGAGUUUGGCGAGAAGGAACUGCUGAUGAAGCUGUUUCAAGACCUUCAAAACAAAGUUCCUGAUGGGAUCGCGAGCCAUGUUAACCCCCGUGAGCAAUACAACUGUAGCGACUUAGUAGCCUCCAUCAUCCAUGCCCACAAGGCCAACCUGCAGAGCGGUGGCAUCUGCCACAUGAACAGGGAUGCCCCGAGCACCAUGCUGGAAGGAACCCAGAACCUGGUGAGUCUGGGGCGGGCGCAGAGCCGCUAUUGGACCUUCUUUGGUUUCCAGGGAGACGCCUUGGGGCGUAUCCUUGACAAGACUAAAAUUAUUUGCAAACUGUGUGGGGUCCGGUUGUCAUAUAGCGGCAACACGACCAACCUGAGGCAGCACCUGAUCUACAAGCACAGGCAUGAAUACAACGAGCUGGUUGGCGGCACCUCUGCACCACAGAAGGGUGUAGAUCCGUACCCACAAGAUCUUACAUCCAGGACUGUGAAAGGGGUCACGCCUCCCAUUGGGAGAACAACCAAGGCCAUUUUGGAGUUCAUUGUGACUGAUCUACUGCCAUUGAAGACCAUCGAGGGGGAGGGUUUUGUCCAGAUGAUGAGUGUUCUGGAGCCCACCUACAAGAUUCCCACCGUAAGUUUUUUUGCUCAGUCUGUCUUGCAGGACAUGCACAACCAGGUGAAGCUGAGGGUGAUGGACUCCAUGAAGCCGCUGCAUCACUGCGCGGUCAGCAUUGACCUGUGGAAGCAUGAGUGUGCUCGCUCCUACGUAACAGUUAUUGUCCACCACAUCGAUGGGGCCUUUGACUUCAAGCAUCAGGUGCUGUCCAGCCGCCCUGUCAUUGAGGAAACCACAGCGGAGAACAUCAAGAUGGCCCUCCUGGAAAUAGCCAAUGAGUGGGGCAUCCAGGAACGGACCUCAUACUCCGUCAUGGUCAGCAAUGUUGACGUCAAGCUGGCUGCCUCCAAGAUGGGUUGGAAGACCCUCCCGUGCAUUGGCCACGUGUUGCAGAACUGCGUUGACUCAGCCCUGCAGCAGCCCUCGAUCCUCAGGGUGCUGACUCGGUGCAAGAAGCUAAUGGAGUCCAUCAUCUCCUCACCUUCCUUGAGGGACAAGCUGGGCUCCAGUGAGCCUUUCCUGAAGAUCCAAUCCAAGAUGUUCCUCAAUGGCAACAUGAAGUGGUACAGCACCCACAGUGUGCUGCAAAGCCUGCAGGACCAUCGGCAUUUCCUUGACGGACUGAGCGAGAGCCUCCAGGAGAAGGGCUUGGCGCUGAGGCUGGACGACUGGCAAGUGGUCCAUGAUAUAGUGGACAUCCUUAAGCCCCUGGCCAUUGCCACCUCCACCUUUACCAAGGACCGUUUCUCCAGCCUGUCGCUGGUGAAACCAGUGAUUACCAGCCUGGUGUACAAGCACUUGGCCGCCAACGAGAGCGACUCAGAGUUGGCCCACGAUAUCAAACAGACCAUCUGUGCCGACCUCAAUCAGUGGUACUCUGACCACGAAGUCAACCAGGUCCUCAACCUGGCUUGCGCACUGGACCCACGUUUCCGAGGGCUGGACUUCCUCAGCCAGGCUGAGCGGGUGGAGACCCUCCAUGCUCUCAAGCGCGAGGCCUCUGAACUGGCACGCCUACACCCGCCGGCCAGGGGGCGGUCCAGCCCAGAACUGUCCAGCGCCAGCCCCAACCCGACCAAGAAGCCCAAGCAUGACUCGGGCAUCGAGUUCCUGCUGGGGGACCUGUGCAACGUGAGGAGCGUGUCGGCCAACUCUGUCCACCAGCAGGCCGAGCAGGAGAUUAGCAACUUCCAGACCAGUGAGGCAUCCUCCCUCUGUCAGGACCCGCUCUUGUGGUGGAAGACACACCAUACCCAGUACCCGCUCCUCGCCAGUGCAGCGAGGAAACUGCUUGCUGUACCAGCGACUGUGGUGCCAGCCAGCUGGAUAUUCACAGAGGCAGGGCAUGGCAUUUAUAGCAAACGCUCAGCUCUUGCCCCUGAGCAUGUGGACAUGCUGGUGUUUAUGCACGGAAAUCAUAAAACUCCUUAAUGUGUGUCUGUGUGUGGAAGUGAAAUCUCAUAUAUUCCUGAACCUGCU